AUGGGAGAGGUGGCUAAGGAUCUUACAGCCGGUACAGUUGGAGGGGCUGCACAACUGAUAUGCGGACAUCCCUUUGACACCACUAAGGUAAAGCUACAAAGCCAACCUACAGCACUCCCAGGUCAGGUUCCCAAGUAUGCUGGUGCAGUUGAUGCCGUCAGGAAGACAAUAGCCGCCGAAGGUUUAGGCGGUUUAUACAAAGGAAUGGGCGCCCCACUCGUUACGGUAGCAGCCUUCAAUGCCGUCUUGUUUACUGUAAGGGGGCAGAUGGAAUCAUUAUUGAGGUCUCACCCAGGUGCUCCACUCACAGUGAGUCAGCAGUUUGUUUGCGGAGCCGGAGCUGGUUUUGCAGUUUCCUUUCUUGCUUGCCCAACUGAAUUAAUCAAAUGCAGCUUCUUUGCACCGACGUUGCCCCUAGUGGCGGAGGAGGCUCAAACGACCUCUAACCUACACUGGCCGCUUCGCCUCUACUCCCUCUCUUACAAUACCUUCUUCGAUUUCUCCAAUCCUCACCACAAACCUCCAAAUUACUCUGGCCGCGGUAAUGGACGUCGAAAUUCCGGUGACUCUACGAGCUCAAAGACGUGGAUUAUUGUUGCGGAUGAAGAUUGUCAAUGCACGUUGCGGAUUUGUGAUGUUGAUGAUGAUGACAAAAAUACGGUGGCUUUGUUGCGAUGA